AUGAUGCGCCCCAUGCUCUCACUCUUCACAUUGGCUGACUGUUUCGUAGCAAAGAAAAGUAAGGCCCCGCCAGAGAAGAAAACGAAAUUCCACCGCUUCUUCGACAGUCGCUGGCCAGCUCGAUCGAAGGCUCUCUUUCGCUUCGACCCGUCGCUGCCGGAUCAUCUCAUCAGCCCUCUUGACAGCACUUUCGACUCCAUCUCCUUACCCACCAUAUCCGAUGUGAACUGCAGCUUCAGCCCUGGCGCCAUCGCUGAAUCAGCCGUCGAGUUCGAAGACGACGACCAUGCGGAAAGCGCAAGCACGACGAGCAUGAGCCGCGCCGUGACCCACGUCUCCAAACCACCUGAUCUCGCCAUGAUUGCGCCGUGUCCGGUGGGCUCACCACUGCUGGACUUCUACAUCCCUGCAUUUUCCGAAUUUUCAGAUCGCACGAAUCGACGUGCGCUUGUCGCCCACUUUUGCGAAAGUCUGAGCCACCUGAUCGUCUUUCGGGAGGAAAGCGGGAAUCCCUUCCGGGAGCUUGUCUUGCCUCUGACUGCCAAAAGCUCUCCGGUCAUGAACGCCAUCUACGCCCUCUCCAGUGCACAUAUGGAAUACCGUGGAGUCACGAAUCAAGAGCAAUCGAUGUAUUUCCAUGGUCAGGCAAUCCAGGGGCUGGCAGCCCUGAUCGACCAGAAGGCGAAGACGGCUGAGAACAGGAAUGAGCUUUUGGCGGCUAUCAUGCUCUUGGUGUAUUACGAAGUGUUGGUUCAAAGGGGACGGUCAAAUUUGGUAGAUGGCCACCUCAAAGGUGCUAUGACGAUUAUGAACUCUUACCCAGCAGCAACGGAUGCUACUGGAAUUUUCCUUGAGCGUGCUUUUCGAUUUUAUGAUGUCAUUGCAGCACUCUCUUUUGGCACAGCGCCGUUAUCACAAGCUCCAGGAAAAGGCUGUCUCCAUCCAUUCCCUCCCACUGGAGCUCCAGUAAUGUCAUCACUCAGCUCUGUUGACACCCUGUUGGGUAUGGCGACAUCACUCUGGCCGAUCAUCCACCGGCUCUCAAAGCUCUCCUCCGACAAGACGGACCUGGAGAGCGCAUGCCGUGACGGCCAGCCCUCGUCGAUGAUCGCGGUACUCAAAACGGAAUUCGAGACGAAUUCCCAAGCAAUCGAGAGGGCUCUAGAAUCUUGGCAGCCAUAUCUGCCCCCGGGGUUCAACCCGGACGAUCCCCCGUCGCCGGAAACGGAGGAGCGGAGGCAUGACUCCGAGACGGCAGAGCGGUCCCGCCUGCACUCUAUCUUCAACAACGCAAUGGCAUACCGACACAGCGCCUUUGUCUACCUGUACCACACAAUCUACGGCUACCCGCGAAGCCACUCAUCCGUACAGACACACGCGCACACCGCACUGUGGCACUGCCUGCAGACGUGCUCCCACGCGGGGCCCAUGGGCGCCCUGUUGUGGCCUCUCUUCGUGGCGUCGUGCGAGGCGGUGACGGAGCAGGACCGCAACCUGGCAAGGGAUUCCUUCGCACUGGUCGAGAAGAGGCAAGGCAUGAUCAAUAUCAAGUGGGCGUGGGACAUCGUUCAAGAAGUCUGGCGGCUUGCUGACGCCAUGGAGAGCGAGGGCGGCGAGGCGCUGCUGGUUAACCCCGGAGACCUACCCGUUGCAGGGGCGCUCUCCACGCCGGACCUUUGGAGGAAGGUCAGCAAGCAGAUGGGAAUCAGCAUUGUCUUUGGAUGA